AGGGACAUCAUGCCUGAAGCAGCCAGCGUGAAAGCGGCCAAGAAGGGCUCCAAGAAAGCCGUCGCUAAGACCGCCAGCAAGACCGGCAAGAAGAGGAGGAAGUCCAGGAAGGAGAGCUACGCCAUCUACGUGUACAAAGUGAUGAAGCAGGUGCACCCCGACACCGGCAUCUCCUCCAAGGCCAUGGGCAUCAUGAACUGCUUCGUGAGCGACAUCUUUGAGCGCAUCGCCGGGGAGGCCUCCCGUCUGGCUCACUACAACAAGCGCCGCACCAUCACCUCCAGGGAGAUCCAGACCGCUGUCCGCCUGCUGCUCCCCGGAGAGCUGGCCAAGCACGCCGUGUCUGAGGGCACCAAGGCCGUGACCAAGUACACCAGCUCCAAGUAAACCCUGAUAGACCAACAACACAACGGCUCUUUUGAGAGCCACCCACUACUUCUAUAGAUGUAUUCCUCGGUUUAGAAUAAGUGUACAACUUGAUGCUUAAUCCAAGGACCCUAAUCUGAAAUCCCUUAAAUAUGAAAUGCAUAUUUCUCACAUGUUAAUAGUUUACUGAGCCUCGUUACAGCUCGCCCCACAAUGGCUCGGUUAAAACACA